AUGCCAACACCUUCCAGAGAUGACGAGGUGCCUGAGUGUUUAUAUCUAUCUAUGGCGAUCUAUGGAUAUAUAAUGUCGCUGAGUGUCGUGAUUUUAUUAUAUUUCAUUCACGCUCUCUCUCUCUCUCUCUCUCUCUAUCUAUCUAUCUAUCUAUCUAUCUGCAACUCAUUUAACUAUCUAUUUAUCUAUCUAUCAGUUUGUUCGUAUCUAUCUAUCUAUCUAUCUAUCGAUCUAUUUAUUUGUUUUUUUUACAUUUAUCUAUCUACAUAUUUUUCUGUUUAUUUCGUUUUUUUUCAUAUCUAUCUAUAUGAGUAUGUUCAUAUCUAUCUAUCUAUCUAUCUAUCUAUCUAUCUAUCUAUCUAUCUAUCUAUCUAUCUCAGUCUGUCCAUAUCUAUCGAGUUAGCUAUCCACCCCUUCCUUCCUCCCUUCCUUCCUCCCUUCCUUCCUUCCUUCCUAUCUAUCUAUCUAUCUAUCUAUCUAUCUAUCUAUCUAUCUAUCACAUUUGUUCAUUGUCUGUUUAUCUAUCUAUCUAUCUAUCUAUCUAUCUAUCUAUCUAUCUAUCUAUCUAUCUAUCUAUCCCUUCCUUCCUCCCUUGCUUUCUUUCUUUCUUUCUAUCUAUCUAUCUAG